CUCAAUCCCCUCUCUUUCUCUCUCUCUCUCUCUAACCAUUACACUACGUAUUGCAACAUGCAAGUUUCAGCUUAUAAAGAUACCAGGGAAAGGUGUCAAGUAUCGAAACUAGCACACCAUGGCUGCCAUAAAAUGGGUUUGCUUGGCCUUCAUGCUUCUGCUAAGCCUACGAGAAUGCCCUGCACAGAGGAUCCUGCGCACUGGUCGCGACUUCGCCCCCAUUGACCAAGUUCAAAUAGAUCCACCCAGAUCAGAAAGAAUAGAUCCACCAACUCUGCCCCCUUCCCCCUCUGAUAAUCCUGCUCUCAAAACUCCACCAAGUGCACGUAUUGAAUUUGGACAAGGAGGAGUGAGCACUCUUGGUGGCCGUGGAAGUGCUUUUGCCAAAGGUUGGGGUCGAGGCAGAGGUGGUGUCAGUCGAACCCGAGCCGGAGGCUUAAGGAAUGUUGGUGGGAGGAGAGGCGGCAGAAGAUGGGGUGUUGGCGGUGGCGUCGGACUUGUCCCUGGUUUUGGUGGCCCUUACAUCCCAGGUACGCCAGCUUAUGGAAGCAGGGGAGGUGGGGUUGGUACUGUAGGCAGCCCCGAUUAUGGUGACCCUUAUGUCCCAGGUACACCAACUCAUGGAAGCGGUGGUGAUGAUGGAGGUGGAGGUGGGGUCGGUACUGGAGGCAGCCCCGGUUAUGGUGACCCUUAUGUCCCAGGUACGCCAACUUAUGGAAGUGGAGGAGGAGGCGGAGUUGGUGUCGAAGGCAGCCCCGGUUAUGGUGGCCCUUACAUGCCAGGUACUCCAACUUAUGGAAGUGGAGGUGGAGGUAUCCCCGUUUACGAUGACCCUUAUGUCCCAGGUAUGCCAGGUUAUGGAACUGGUGGUGGAGGCGAAGGCGGAGAGGGAGUUGGUGUUGGAGGUAGCCCCGGUUAUGAUGGGCCUGAUGUGCCAGGUGUGCCAGCUUAUGGAACUGGUGGUGGUGAGGUUGGUGGUGGAGGUAGCCCCAAUUAUGAUGGCCCUUAUGCACCAGGUAUGCCAGCUUAUGAAACCGGUGGUGGAGGCGGAGGGGGAGUUGGUGGCCCUUAUGUGCCAGGUACUCCAACUUAUGGAAGUGGUGAUGGAGGUGGAGGUAGCCCCGGUUACGAUGGCCCUUAUGUACCAGGUAUGCCAGCUUAUGGAACCGGUGAUGGAGACAGAGGAGGUGGUGGUGGGGUUGGUGUAGGAGGUAGCCCCGAUUACAAUGGCCCUUAUGUGCCAGGUAUGCCAGCUUAUGGAACCGGUGGUGGAGGCAGAGGAGGUGGGGUAGGUAUUGGAGGUAGCCCCGAUUAUAGUGACCCUGAUGCCCCAGUAGACAGUGAUGGAGGGGGAGGGGUAGGUGGGGGUGGUUUUGGAGGUGGCAUCUGUUUCCCCUUGCCGAGACUAGCUUUUCCACCUUUCGACGAUCCUUUCCAUUGCUUACCUCUCAGUUGCUUCACCGGAAACAACAAAGCGUGCCAUAAACAGUGGUUUGGGAUAGGCUUCGACGCGCAAAUGUUUGACACCAACUAUGGAAGCAAUGACCAAGAAAGCCAUGACAAAAGUUCACCGGAAGACGAGACCAGUUCUCCUACAGGUGAAGUCAUUGGCGAGGAUGCCAUGGCUCCAGUGUCUAGCUAGCUAGGUAGCCCCACUGUUUAUGCA